AUGACGCCGUCGUCGCCGCUGGCGCUCGAGCGUCGAUCGAGCGCGGGCGCGGUAUCGGGGAGGCGCGCGUCCCGUCGCGUCGUCGAUCGCAGCGCGCCGCUCGGAAGAAACGAUCGCGGGUGCCGCGUUCUUCUCCUCCGCGCGACGCCGCGGCGCCGCGACGACGCCGCGCGCGUCGCCGUCCUCGCCGCCGAAUCCGCCGGGUCGGGGCGCGACGAGAGACACGUCGCGACGACGUCGUGUUCGUCGGACGCGACGGCGACGAUCCGGGACGGGACGCGACGGCGCCGCGCGCGCGGCCGUCGCGCCGCGAUCGCGCGCGCGUCCGCCGCGUCGUCGUCGUCGCCGUUGUCCUCCGCGGACUGGCGUCAGAACGUCUCCGUCGCGUGCGUCAUGCUCGCGGUGUUCCUCCACCUCUUAGGGUUCACCGUCACCGGCCCGAUAACCCCGGGCCUCGUGACGCACUUCGCCCUCCGCGCGUCCGACGUCGGCGUGCUCACAGCGGCGUAUCCGCUCGGCAUGUUCGGCGCGCUCUUCGCGUGGCCGAGGCUCUCGGACCGCGUCGGGAGGAAACCGAUCUUAGUCCUCUCGCUCCUCGGCGUCGGCGCCGGGCUCGUGUCCCAGGCGCACUGCGUCGCCGCGGGGUGGUCGCUCAAAACGUUUCUCGCGCUGCGCGUCGCCAGCGGCGCGUGCGCGGGCGCGUCGCCAGUCGUGAAAGCCUACCUCGCGGACGCGGCGUCUCCGGAGGAUCUGCCGCAGUGGAUGGCGUGGAGAGAGGCGUCGUGCACGCUCGCGUUCAUCGUCGGUCCCACGUUGGGCGGCCUGCUGUUCCACGGGAGCUCCCUCCACGCGUGCAUCGCGGUCACCGGGUGGGCGUCCAUCGCCGCCGCGGCGUUGGUCGCGGUCGUCAUGCGCGAGGCGCCGAGGUCGGCGACGGACGACGGCGGCGGCGGGUCGUCGUGGAAGAGGACGGCCGCGGACGAGGAAACGGAAACGGUCCCGGUCCGUCCGUUACUCGAGUGCGAUGAGGAUAGGGUGCAGUGCGAGGAGGUGAUAUACACCGCGGACGAGCUCAACAGCGGCGGCGACGAUAUCGGGGUGUACGGCGGGCGGAGCAUCCGCGCGCGCGCGGCGGCGGCGACGCAAGGGAAGCGGGAGGCGGCGGCGGCGCCGCUGUGCCCGCUCGGUCGCGGGCUCGUCGCCGCGGUGAGCACGAUAUGUCUCACGUCGUUCAUGUACAACGCCGGGCAGUCGUCGUUCGACUCGUUCUUUCCCGUGUACGCGUCCGGGACGUUGGGGAUGGGCCCGCGGGAGAUCGGGGGGACGCUCACGUCGUUGUCCGCGGUGAGCUUCGGCGUGAGCGCGUUUCUGUUCGCGAAGAUCACCAAGACGAUCGGCCUGACGCUCACCACCGCCGUCGGCCUCGCGCUCGUCUCCGCCGGGCUGUUCGCGCUGUCGUUCGCGGGCGGCGCGGGCCCCGUCGCGGCCGUGUGCGCGGCGACGUUGUACGUCGCGGGGAUACCGCUGUUCACGCCCGCGGUACCGAUACUGUUGAUGCAGUGCGUUCCGAAGAACAAGCGCGGCGCGGUGAUGGGCAUCGACUCGGCGGUGAACUCCGUCGCGCGCAUUCUCACGCCGGUGCUGUUGGGAAGGUAUUACAGUGGGGACGUCGGCGCGUGUUUUUUCGCCGCGGGGUGCGUGGUGGCGACGGCUACGGUGCUCGUGAUCGCGCGGCGGGUGAUGGUGAUGGGGACCGGGGGGUGGUUCGCGAACGGGUCCGCGCGGUGA